AUGACAGGGGGCGCCUUUGUGAUGUAAGUUCAUGGUUGCUGCACCCCUGACGAGCCGAGACUGACGUACGGUGGCAGCGGGUUGUCGUCAAAGAUUCAUAUAUGUCAAUGGAGCGUAAGUCAUCUCCCCACUGCCAUUUGUUGCAAAUACUGAGCCAGCUUCCCACCAGAUUGGAAGGACAAGGAUUGUCCAUUCCACUGGAAGAAAAACUCCCGCGACGAGUGGGAGCCGAAAGAGUCGUUCAUAAUGGAGCGGUUACAGCCUUUGAUUACGGCGGACACACCUCUAGUGCUCAUGAGAGCACAUGCACUUAUGCCUACGCUGGGGUGUUAUCGGCUGUACUUGGAGCUUUGCCCGCAUGGCGAUCUCCACGACCUAAUCGCAGAACAUCGAUCCAUGAUAGGUAGACGGGACCAAGAUGGCGAUCCAAUCGAUGCUGCACUUCCCGAGAGCGUGCUAUGGUCCCUCUUUGAGCGGCUUAUUGACGCCGUCUGCAUUCUUCACAAUGGUCACGUGGAAGGAGAUGAGCCUCCCAAAGACGGGUGGGAAAGGGAGAUUGUGCAUCUGGACAUCAAGCCGGUGAACAUUUUCCUGGCGGACCCGGCCACGGACGUCUGGCCCCGUUAUCCCAUCUUCAAGCUGGGCGACCUUGGACACAGCGAUGAGACGUACGACGGCGAUCCAAGAAACCCAGGGAAUCUAUCCAGGAAUCCCAACGACUUCUUCUGCAUGGGCACCCCAGGAUUCAGUGCUCCCGAGCAGGAAGGCCGGCCGCCCGGCGCAAGGCGGCGGGACUACCGCAUGAGCGCAUACACGAGCGUGUGGGCAUGCGCAAACGUUGUCCUUCAAGUCAUGGGGCUGGAGACCAUGCCCGAGCAGAUCAGCUACCGCCGAGGGCCGGAUCGUCCGCAGAGACAAGCGGACGUGUUCGAUUCGUACAGCGAAGAGCUCCGUGAGGUGCUCGAUUGGUGUCUGGACCCCACACCCAGCGAACGACCGGAGCUGUCGGUUCUUCGUGACUACAUCAGGGCGUUUGUCGAGGUAGGGCCGGAGGGAAAGGAUGAGACGGAGUCGUUGCGCUUCCGCAAUGACCGGGACGAUUGGAUCAACUACCGCCGCCAUCUUAAGUAUGAGCUCUGGGCGCAGACUGGAUAGAUUUUGGGUUUUGAUUGUCAUUUUUUAAAUUCGAGGUCUUUAUAUCGAUUCGUAUAUAUUCUUUUCUAC